GAAAAUGUCAGGAAUGGAAAUGUCAGCUCUCUAAGAGGACCUGGCAGCUGCUGAAGUGGGGACUGUAGCAUCAACACAUGGAGGGGGAAGGGGUGAGCCAGAAACCAGCAUGAUGAUGAUAUAUGGAUUGCUUCACAGCACCUUUCCUCUGACUGAUGGAGGGGAUGGAUAAGACAAAGAAAGAAUUGACAAACUCGCUGGGGAGGAGCCCCUAUUCUCCUCUUUCCAACAGCCAGGCUCAGGUCUUGGACCCCAACCCAGGAGCCAGUUCAAGCCCAAUAGAAAGCAUCUACAGGGGGACCAACAGGAAAUACCCAAUGAUUAAACAAAAGGGAUUUUACUCUGAUGUGCUCUAUCCAGGAGUCACAGCUUUCUUGGGGGAUGUGUGCGCUGGUCCCAGUGUGUACAAGGAUUUACUGAGACAGGCUGAUCUUGAGCAGCACACGCCAAAAGUCACAACAUUUGAGACUCCCGAGAACAUUGAAUCUUACCUGGACAAACAAGUGAUUGGACCAACCACUGAGAUCCUGGCCAAGUCAGACUUCCCACUGCAAGCGUUUAAGCCAAAGGUGCAGCUUCCCUUUCAGGGGUUGCCAGGACAGUGCCCUCGGAAGAUUGAGAUAGAGAGGAGAAGACGGCUAUAUCUCAAACUAGAUAUUGCUCAGCUCUUAGCCAAAAAGGGGAUAGAUUCCAAUCAGCUGAUGCCCAGGCACCAAGACCCUGACAAUAUGCCAGCCAUUGAGCAAAAGAGAGAUCCUCUCUUUCCCAUCUACCUCCCACUGCAGAUAUUUGAUGAUGAAGAGUAUGACUGCCGGACUCCAGAAGAGUGGCUCUUGCUGGGGUUGGAGCCAGGAUCUCAAGACAGAAAACCAGUUCCUGGAAAAGCACUUUUACCUACAGAUGAUCAACUGGGACACGAGGAUCCCAAAAACCACGAGUUGAUCUAUAAGUGGGUCAGCGUUGGCGUCCUGGAUUACGACAAGGAGACAAAACUGUACUUGGUACAUAAGACAAACAAGAGGGGAAUGGUACGGGAUGAAGAAGGGAGGCCUAUUCUAAAUGGAGGAGUAACUCCAGAAGGGAGAGCCCCUCUUAUGCCAUGUCAGUACUGGGUGCCACGAGUCCGUCUGCUGUUUCUUGCGGAAGACCCCCAUGUAUUUGCCCAGCGAGUGGUUUCUGCCAAUACCCUGUGUAAGGAAACACAGGCGCUGUUGCGGUACAAUCUGUAUGUGGACUGCAUGCCCGUGGAUGGGCUGAGGAGCAUUGAUGAGAAGAGCCUAGGUAGAAUGAAGCAGCUGGCAAUGAGCACUUCACACCUGAGAAAGGAGAUACGUGUGUUGAACUGUCUGCAAUGCCUGGAAAAGGAGGUGAGCCUAGACUAUGAACGCACCAUGAACAAGAUUAUCUUUGAUGGAGUCAUCACAUCCAAGCCCCAGACGUUUUCAUAUGUCACCCUGCCAGAGAAAGAGGAGGAGAAGGUGCCAGAAAGAGGGCUGGUCAAGAUCCCAGACUAUCCAUUUGAUGAGCAACGGGCAUCUUUUAUUUUUGUCUCGCUACUGACCAGGCCAGAAGUCAUCCUUGCCUUAUCGCAGGUGCGGGAUGAGUGCAACAAAGCUGCAGCCAUGUCUCUGUUUCAUUCAACCUUGUCUAAGUAUGGCCGGCUAGAGGAGUUUGAACAGAUCCAGACGCAGACCUUCACCCAGGUUCAGAUGUUUCUCAAGGACACCUGGAUCAAUACUCUCAAGAUAGCAGUAAAGAGCAGUCUGAGGGAGAUUGGUAAAGGGUGGUACAAUCUGUAUCAGUCCAACUGGGGUGUAUACCAGAUGUCCAAGCUACAUAAGCUGAUGGAGCUCAUCAAGUUCAACUUGCAAGACUCUGUGCGCUUCCUGGUCCAGGACUCCCUGGUCAGCUUCACUCAGCUUUUGCUGGAUGCUUGCAGCAAUGUCCUGAAUUGCUCGGAGGAUAUGGAAUGGGGAGGGGACCUCAUCAACAGCCCAUACAAGCCACGAAAGAAUCCUCUCUUCGUGGUGGAUCUGAUUCUGGAUAACAGUGGGGUUCACUUCAGCACACCUCUGGAGAACUUCGAGACCUCCCUCAUUUCUCUGUUCGACAAGGGAAUCCUGGCGACCCACACCAUACCACAACUGGAGACGUAUGUGCUGGAGAACAUGUUUAUUAGAGGCACACCACUGCUGGAGUCGGUGGGCCUGCACGAGCCCCCUGUGGAAGAACUGCGCAACACUAUCCGAUCUGCCAUCUGCAAGGCAGUGAUCCCGCUCCAAGCCUAUGCCAAGCAGUAUGAGAACCAGUUAGAGCUGAAUAAUAAUGACAUCAAUUCCUUUCUAAAAGAGUACCAAGCCCAAUGCCCCUCUGCCCAGGAUGUGAGAAAUAUAGUAAACCUGCACUUGUCUGAAAAGGAGAUGCUGGACAACACUCUGCCAAGCUCCAUCAUCAUCGGUCCCUUCUACGUCAGCAUUGAAGGUGUCAAGCAAAAUCUGUCCAAAAAACGCAAAGCCCUAGCCACCUCCAUGUUGGACCUACUGGCUAAGAACCUACACCUACAGGUGGAAAAUAUCUGUGAAGCAUUCAAAGCCAUCAGCCGGAAAAUGUAUGAGAAACCAAACAGCAUUGAGGAGCUGGCUGAGCUGCGGGAGUGGAUGAAGGGAGUCCCUGAGCAGCUGAAAGCGCAGGAAGAACUCAUAAUUAAGGUCAUGGAAGAUUAUGAGGUUAUGGAGGAAUUCCUUUACAACCUUACCCAAGAUGAUUUCAAUGACAAGUGGGCUGCGAGCAACUGGCCUCUGAAAAUCGCCACACAGACGGAGAUGAUUCGGCAGCAGCACCUAGAAGAUGAAGAGAGGUUCCGCAAAAUUCAGCUCAUGGAUCAGAACAACUUUCUGGAACGGCUGGAUGGUCUGCAGCUGGUCGUGGCUGGAUUUUCUGUCCAUAUGGACAUUACACGAGCACAUGAGAUAGCAAAUGAAGCGAGAAGGGUCAAGAAGCAGUUGAAGGAGUCUCAGCAGAUGGCGCUGCUUUACAACAACAGGGAGCGGAUAUUUGGAUUGCCAGUUACUAAUUAUGAUAAGCUGUCCAGGAUGGUUAAGGAAUUCCAGCCAUACUGGGAUCUCUGGACCACAGCAUCAGACUGGAUACGCUGGUCUGAGAGCUGGAUGAACGACCCCCUCUCUGCAAUUGAUGCUGAACAGCUAGAGAAGAAUGUCAAUGAAUCCUUUAAGACCAUGCACAAGUGUGUGAAGCAGUUCAAGGAUGUACCAGCAUGCCAGGAUGUAGCGGUGGAAAUCCGGGGCAGGAUUGAAGAAUUCAGACCAUAUAUCCCCCUGAUUCAGGGCCUGCGCAAUCCUGGCAUGCGGAACCGGCACUGGGAGAUGCUUUCCAAGGAGAUCAACAUCAAUGUUAAGCCCAAGGCCAAUCUGACAUUUUCUCGCUGUCUGGAGAUGAAGCUGCUGGACCACAUUGACAGCAUUGCCAAAAUAGCUGAGAUAGCGGGCAAGGAGUUCUCCAUUGAGAAUGCACUUGAUAAGAUGGAGAGCGAAUGGGUCUCCAUCCUGUUUAAUGUAAUGCCCUAUAAAGAGACAGAAACCUUCAUUCUGAAGAGCCCUGAUGAAGCUUCGCAGCUCCUAGAUGAUCAUAUUGUCAUGACUCAAAGCAUGUCCUUCUCACCGUACAAGAAACCCUUUGAAGACAGGAUGAACACCUGGGAAACCAAGCUGAAGAUGACACAG